GUAGCGAUUGACGACUCGGCUCGACCGCAAAUACCCAUUCCAGAGCUGUGUAAGGUUGUCCGCGAUGCCAAAGAGCACGGCGCAGCCGUCUUGAGAGUUCCGCGCAAAGCUAAGAUUAAAGAAACGGAAGACGGUUCUACGGUUUUGCGAACACUUCCACGAGCUCGCUUGUGGGAAGUGCAUACACCAGAAAGUACUAAAGUCGAAACGCUUCAGCGCGAUUUUGCCAAAGUGGCGAGAGAAAAUUUGGAGGCGACGGACGACGUGACCAUUGUGGAAGCUUUGGGAGAAUCGGUCAAAUUAACGCUUGGCGAAUACACUGAUCUAAAAAAUACCACGCCCGAAGAUGUGGACGUAUAA